UGCCCACCUCCUUCCUCUCCCAGACCUCAGCAAUGCCAAAUUCCCCCCUGGAGCCCCGCACCGCUUCCUUGCCGCUGUUUCACUCAGCCCGGACAGGGGAGAAAGACCGAGUCCCCGGGCUGAGGAUGGGAGUCCCUGCAAGGAGAGUUCCAAAGGAAGCUGUACAAGGAGCUGCUGAAGAACUACAACCCUCUGGAACGACCAGUUGCGAAUGACUCCCAGCCACUCACUGUCUAUUUCACUCUCAGCCUCAUGCAGAUCAUGGAUGUGGAUGAAAAGAAUCAAGUGUUAACAACCAACAUCUGGCUACAAAUGUACUGGACAGAUCAUUACUUACAGUGGAAUGUGUCCGAAUACCCUGGAGUGAAGAAUGUCCGUUUUCCUGAUGGACUGAUUUGGAAGCCAGAUAUUCUUCUCUAUAACAGUGCUGAUGAAAGAUUUGACGCUACAUUUCACACUAAUGUUUUAGUCAAUUCUUCGGGACAUUGCCAAUAUCUGCCACCAGGCAUAUUUAAAAGCUCAUGCUACAUAGACGUGCGUUGGUUUCCAUUUGAUGUUCAGAAAUGCAACCUGAAGUUUGGCUCUUGGACAUAUGGAGGCUGGUCCUUAGACUUACAAAUGCAAGAAGCAGAUAUAUCAGGCUAUAUUUCAAAUGGAGAGUGGGAUUUAGUAGGAAUUCCUGGGAAGAGAACUGAGAGCUUUUAUGAGUGCUGUAAAGAACCGUACCCAGAUAUAACAUUCACAGUAACUAUGAGACGCAGGACUCUCUACUAUGGACUUAACCUUCUUAUACCCUGUGUACUGAUAUCGGCACUUGCCUUAUUAGUCUUUCUGCUUCCAGCAGACUCAGGAGAAAAGAUCUCACUAGGUAUAACAGUUUUAUUGUCUCUCACUGUCUUCAUGUUACUCGUGGCUGAAAUUAUGCCAGCGACAUCUGAUUCUGUGCCCUUAAUUGCUCAGUAUUUUGCCAGCACCAUGAUAAUCGUUGGCCUCUCUGUUGUUGUCACUGUUAUCGUUCUACAAUACCAUCAUCAUGAUCCAGAUGGGGGAAAAAUGCCUAAAUGGACAAGAGUCAUCCUUCUCAACUGGUGCGCUUGGUUUCUGAGGAUGAAGAGACCAGGGGAAGAUAAAGUGCGUCCUGCCUGUCAACAUAAACAGCGCCGAUGUAGCCUGUCAAGCAUGGAGAUGAACACUGUGAGUGGUCAGCAAUGCAGCAAUGGGAACAUGCUGUAUAUUGGGUUCCGAGGGCUGGAUGGGGUUCACUGCACACCCACCACUGAUUCUGGAGUGAUCUGUGGGAGGAUGACCUGCUCACCAACAGAGGAAGAAAAUCUUCUGCACAGCGGCCACCCUUCUGAAGGUGACCCAGAUUUGGCUAAGAUCCUGGAAGAGGUCAGAUACAUUGCAAACAGGUUCAGAGACCAGGAUGAAGAAGAAGCCAUUUGUAAUGAAUGGAAGUUUGCAGCCUCUGUAGUAGAUCGGCUCUGCUUGAUGGCAUUUUCAGUCUUCACCAUCAUUUGUACAAUUGGUAUCUUAAUGUCAGCGCCAAACUUCGUAGAGGCUGUCUCUAAAGAUUUUGCUUAACUUCUAACUAUGAUUUGAUUCUCUGAAGUAUCAUAUGUAGCAAACAAGAGUGUGUUUUUUUGUUUGUUUGCUUGUUUUUAAUGAGUACAUCGUAUCUCGUUGUCCUCUGUCUUUUUGCCCUCCCCCCUACUCCCCUGGCACCCCCUGGACCCAGGCUCCUUUCUGAAGAGCAACAACCAUUCAGAAGGGGAGCCAGGGAUCUGUGUGCCCAGCUCCUCUGAGCACUUUGCUGUGGGAGAUGCAAAGCGAGUAUAAGUCCCUUCAGAAUGAAAGGAUAUUGCUCCAGCAUAUUUUACACAUUUCAGACUGGCUAGUACAUAAAUUAAUAGGUAGGUAAUGCCAGAAUUGCCACUUCUUCCAGAAUUUGCUUUAAAAGAUAGAAGUUAGCCCUGUGUUCCUUUGAGGAUUAACUCUGAAUGAAAGGAAACUCAAACAGCAGAGGGGGAAAAAAAAGAGUAGGAACACCUUGCUUCUCAGUCUCUGCUCCUUAGUGAGCACAGAGCUCACAGCGCACUCACAACCAGUCACACUUUUAAAUCCCUCAAUGCAUUUUACAGAGAGCUGAUGUGAGUAUACAGGACUCUGAUUUUGCCCGAGACACCAGAAAGAUGAAAGUUGAGAUGAAACAGCACAUAUCUUGUCCUUCUGUCACUUCCUGGACUUGACCUAGAAGCAUGGCCUGGAUUCUUAAAAAGGCUUCACAGUAAUUGCGGUGUUUAUUACAACUCCCUUCUCUCCAGAAAAAAACAUUCUUUCAACUAAUGACUUCUGUCAGUUUUUACCCUUUACAAUGACAAAGAAAAUGAAGUAUUUAUGAUGGCUUUAUCCUCAUUUGUUAAGAAAAUAAAUACAUUACACACAGUCAUCUUUUUACCUAUUCUGCAUGAAAUCCAGUUAACAGUAACUGUCUUGUACAGGCUCAAACAUAAUGACAGAUCUAAAGCAAAAAAAAACCCCAAACCAUUAAAUCAUCAGAUCCAGCUUCUCAUUUCAACACGAGAUGUUUGAUCUGUUGCUUGCUGAGCCUUUUAUAGACCUCUUUUCAUUGAGUCACCAUAACAUGUCCUAACAAGAAAACUUUCUGCUCGGUUUAUCACAUGAAGAACACUAAUGAAUUACAAGUACUGUAUAUAAACUAUACCUACAACCCAGGAAAGAUUAAGUCUAAAAUACAAAUCGUUUUUUUAUGAAUAGUGCUGGGCUGUGUGCAUAUAAUAGCUAAGAACCAGUCUCCUGCUCAUACGGUAAUAUUCCUGACCAAGCUAUAAGUGGUAAAAGACAUGGGCAAGGAUUACUUUAGCACUGACUGCUUGCUUUGUCCUGCAUAACCUUGACUUUUUGGCUGAGGUUGACAGACACACAAAUGGAGACCUGUUGUGGUACCAUGUUUUUACGAUGGGAUAAACUUGAGGCAACAGACUAUCGCCCAAGAUGUAUUAAAAUACUGACUCUGCUGAGUGACAACUCUAGAACAAGCUUCCUGAUACAAACGUUGGUUAGCAUCGGUAUUUCCCUUCUGUAAGUAACCCCAAGUAGCCACGUAGAUUGUUCCAUCUGGUCUUUUUUUUGAAAGCUCGGGGGUCUUGUUAGAUAAGAAUGUUUCAAAGAGAAGGGAUGUGUGGGGACGUGUACAGUGGGAUACAACUAUUGCAGUUAUGUACUAUUUGACACUAUUAGACAGGAGGCAGGAGGGUAGCCCUCUUUCCACUGAAAUCUAUUCACAGCUUUUGAAAAGCAACAUUGCUAAGUACAGGAGUUCUUUAAGGGAGGAGGGAGAAAGUGAUUUACAAAUUGACAUUAAGCUUGUUCAUUAUGAGCAGAUGCAUCUGCACUUAAAAAUUGGAGACUGGCAACUGAGCUUUCUUGCAAUUCCCACCUAAGUUUGUGUUUCUGGAAUUGCACUGUCAGCAAAUACCAGGUGUUAGACAAUUACCUGUAAGACACCAGCAUCAAGCCUAUGCUACUGCCUUUAACAUUGGAAGAAGUAAUGAAGGUGCACCAAGGAGAAAAGUGAAUUCCAAUUUUCCUACCAUCAACACAACUCGUAAACAUCUGGUAAGAAGAUGGUUAUAAACUUUAAAUACUACAGUGACAGUUUUACUUUGCACCUAUGAGUUACAUUUUCAUAUGACCAAGCUGGGCAAAAUUGGUAUGUUUCUUGUCAAACUGUGUGUGUCGAUAUUUGUGUAUGCACUAAACAGUAUUUUGAUCUAUAUGCUGGGGAAAUGUUUAUAUACUUCUGGACAUAGACAUGGGAAUAAAUGCUGUAUACAGUAUUUGUAUAUAAUACCAUAGGCAUAUGUAUAAGGAUCUGUUACGAUCUUAAGAGUCCACAAAGUAGGAUAAGCAAGUGGUUCACCACAGCUAAGCUCAGACUUGUCUGACAAAUUGAAAAGCUCACUCCAGAGGUCAGCUGUCAUGUACAAUACUGUGUGAACAAUGUAUAUUACCUUUUCUGUUUUUAUAUUGAAUUGUAUUGAAUAUUUAAAAAAAUCUUUUUAAUAUUUAAAAAUGACUAUUUAAGUAUUAAUGCCAAAAAAUGUUCCAAACAAAUUUUAAAAGGUUAGUUUUAAAUACAGAUAAAUUAUUUAAACAGUAUUUAAAACCAUAAAUUAUUUUAUAUAAGAACAGAUAAUACUAUAUGAGACUCUUUUUAAAGGUUUCCUUAAAUUCUCUUUCCAAUGUCUGUAGCUGCAGAAUGUGUUCUCAGUUCACCUGUGACAAUUCUAUUUUUCACUUUCUUUAUCAAGAAUAGAAUGUAAACCAAAGUCACGGGGUUUUUGGUUUGUUUUCCCUUCUGUUGUAGUCUUCUACAUUAAGAAAUACUGAGUAGAGGGCAUUAGAAAGCAAUGUUACAUCUGUCAAGUACUGAUUGCCAUAUAAAGCUAUUCAAUACUUUUCCAGUCCAGUACAAAUAAAAGAUUUAGAUCAAGAGAA